UUGUUUAAUGACGCUAGACAAAGAAAGCAACAGUGUGCGAGAAGGACAUCCUUCGAUCUAUUGAAAAAAAAUUCAACUUUCGUUUAUGUUAGUAGUAGUGCCGGUGGUGUGCGCAUAAUUUCUCAGAAACUAUAGUGAAUAUUUGAUUCAGAUUUAUUUGCGGAAUUGAUAGCAUUAUCUUUGAAAUAUAUGCUUGUGGAGUGCAAGUUUGUGGCGUGAAAAAUUAAAAUUAAUUAUUACAGCAUCUAACAAAAAGUUUGUUGAGAAGAACAAAAGUUGAACGGUACAGGGUGUACAGUAGGUCUCAAUAAAAAAAAAUUUCGAAAACUGUUUUCAUAGCUAAAUCAAAGUCACUUUGGGUUAAACAAAUAGGAACACAAUUUUUUUCCACCUUAUUGUAGAGAACAUCGAUACAAAUUCAAAACUCAUAUCGUUCGUCGUGUUGCAGAUAAUAUUCUGUAUAUAUAGGAAGACAUGCAAAUAAAAGAUAAAUCACUUGUUUUAUGAUUCAUGAGUCAUGAGCUAUGUAGAAAUACAUAUAUAUAUGUCAACUCUAGUUUUUUCAGAUAUAAAGUCAGAUUUAAAGUAAAUUGCAAAUUUGCAACGGUGUGCAUUUAAAAAUUUAAAUAGUUUGAUACGUAAUGAAUAAUGAAAAUUCAUCCGAUAUUUUGUGUUCGAUAGAUAACGGAAUGUUAAAAAUUAUGUUAAAUCGACCAAAAAAUAAAAAUGCCAUUACUAUUGCUAUGUUCAAAGAUUUAAUACGAAUUUUACACAAUUCUAUUCAAGAUAGUACAAUAUAUGUAGUAACUUUAACUGGUACAGGAAUCUUUUUUAGUAUUGGAAAUGAUUUUAAAUAUCUAAUGAAUCAAAAUGAUAGUGCUUUCAAUAUUGAAAGUACAAUUAAUAUCUAUAAAGAAUUUAUAGAUACAUUAAUUACAUAUCCUAAGCUUUUAAUAGCUGUUGUAAAUGGUCCCGCAAUUGGAAUUGCAGUAACAAUGCUUGCAUUAUUUGAUCUGAUAUAUGCAUCAAAUACCACUUACUUUCAAACACCAUUUUCAAAAUUAGGACUUGUUGCAGAAGGAUGUUCUACAUAUACGUUUUCUAAUAUUUUUGGGAAAUCUAAGGCUAGUGACAUGUUGUAUUUAGGACACAAGAUGACUGCACUUGAAGCUAAACAUUAUGGCUUUGUUAAUGAAAUAUAUGAAUAUGAAAAUUUAAACAAAGUUUGGACAUAUUUGCAAAAAUUAACAGAACUUUCAUCAGAAUCUAUAUUGGCAACUAAACGUUUAGUUCAAAGAUGGAAUCAGGACAUUUUAUUGAAAGUUAAUGCAGAAGAAACAGUUGAACUUGUAAAACGUUUACAAUCUCCUGACUUCUUGGAACGGAUUAGUAUUAUUUUAUAUAAAAACAAAUUAUAAAAAUUUAAUUAUAUAUCUUUUAUAAUUAUAUACUUAUUAUUUUUAUGGGAUAUGGAAUAAAUAUUUUUAUUA